AUGGACGAUGUUGUUAUUACGAUAUUUGAAAAGAUUUCAAAUCUUGCAGCCAAAGCUUACGAAGCUUAUAAACACGUAAAAUACUUUAAAAAAUUCUCCACAGAGAUAUAUGAUAGAAUAGAAGCAGGAGCGCAUCAUUUUAAAUAUCUGCAAAGACAUGAGAAAAAAAUCAAAGAAAAAUUUAGGGAUCAAGAUUCUAUUACCAACCUUCAACGUUACGUCAUUGCAGUGACUAGUCUUACAAAUUUGCUUGUUGAAUUUUCAGAAUUACACCAAUUAAAGAAAUACUUGAAUUCGUUAAAUUAUAAAGACAAAAUUAUUGAAAAAAUAAAAAGAUACGAUGAAACCAUCCGUGAUUUAAAUCUGGAGGUCAGUCUAGAGAAUCUUGAAUCAGUUGAAAACUUGUAUCUACUAGUUGAAGAAGGAUUUAAUGAUGUAUCCCAGACAAUGGUGUCGAUGAAAAAUAAUAUGGACAAUCUAGGAAAUAAUAUGGAGUUUUUAAUGGAGAUGGUUGCUGGGGUUAACAAAAGUAUUAAAGAAUUAAGCAAAAAAUCAGAUCAAUCUGAUUUUAAGAAAAAUGAAUUCUCAGAUAAAGUUUUUGAUGGUUAUAAAUUAAAAGAUCCACCAUCAGGUGAGGAUUCAAGACGUGGUAAAAUUAAGUGUUCUGGCACACCACCUUGUGGUUACUGCCUGAAGCUCGACAAACCAUGUGUUCCUGGUAAUCCUGGAAAAAAGCGUGGCCCACCACCUGGACACGAAGUUAGAAGAAUGGUUUCUUAUAGACCAAACGAUUCUUCGGAUGGUGAAUUAUUAAGAACGAUUCAAGGUUCUAAUCCUGCCGGAAUCUAUUAUAAUGAACUAGCUCCAAUUUUGCCGCUACCAAUCGACUGUAAUUCAACAAGAUGGUCAACAUUUCCAACAAGACCUUCUUCUUCUUUAUGGACAUGUUUGCGAACAAAUGACCAAGCUAAUAACAUUACGAAACCAACUAUCAAGAAACCUACUACUAAGAAACCUAUUACUAAGAAACCCACUACUACUACUACAAAAAAAUCCAUCAUGUCAAAGAAAUCAUCUAAAAAAGAAUUUAAUAAUGGUGUAUCUUGUAAUAAAUCAGAUUCUCAUAAUGAGUGUGCAUUAAAAUUUCGAUCUUCUCCUGCCAUCACACCUUCACUAUACUUUGCCGUUACUCAACAACAAGGUUGGGAAACUGGUGGUCUUCGAUCUGAACAACCUUCAAGAAACACUCAUCCAGACAUGGAGGAUGCUUACUAUGUCCCAUACAUGGCAAAUGAAAAAGUUCAUUAUCCCUCAGAUACUCCUUAUACUUUAUUUGUAUUAGCUGAUGGUCAUGGUGGAUCAAGCGCAUCGAGACAUUUUUGUAGAAUGGUGCCUGAGGCUAUUCAAGAUGUUUUGUGUUCUCAAGCUUCUUGGUCAUUCAGAGAACCUAGUGGUCAACAACUAUUUAGAGAAAAGGUGAAGGAAAUGUACAAAAGACUCGAUAAUGAAUAUUUGAGUUCUCAGAAAAAAAAGUUUUCAGAAUGGUUAAGUAAUGGUUGUAAGGAUCCUAUGCCAUCUGAUCAAGGUUCAACAUUGGUUAUUGUUAUCUUGUAUGAUGGUGUGGUGAUAAAUUGUAAUCUUGGUGACUCAAUGGCCCUUAUAUGUAAAACUUUACCCUUAACAACUACUGGUAGAAUACCUCUUGAAAUUGUCUAUCAGUCCACUAUUCAUUCUCCUGGCCAUCCGCAUAAAGCAUAUCAUAUUGCUGAGCAAAAGCUUGCUUUUAAUUGUAGGUGA